GUCGAAUUUAAGAUAUAUGAACCGUUUAUUUUGGGAUAAAAGAUAUGAGUAGGGAUGAAAAAAACACAUCUACCGAAAAUAUGUAAAUCAUAUUAAUACACACACACCCUAAUACACACGCAGUAAAUUCCAGCCCACGGCCUCGCCCGUCUCGAAUGCCUUUCUAUCGCCCCUGUUCUAUAUGUCCUUCUGCCACUCGCACUCCCCGCCAAUGGUCGUCUAUUCCCCCAAACAGCCAGAGGCGACUACUACCCUGUUUACCGGGACAAACUGCCCAAAAUAUCGCCAAGGGUAUUCAGUGUGUGUGGAACAUCCAUGCGAGAAACAAGAGUUGUCUGCGGUUGGAGCACUGGCAGGGACUUUCGAGUGUGGUCUUUGUUGCUAGUCUCGAUUUGGUGGGGAUCGGGGUGUUUUGUGUUGACGAGGCAUGCCUUUGGUGAUCAUUUGAAAAAAGCGUUUCAGCUCGGGCUCGUUAGAUAUUGUUUCAUUCAUGACUGGUAAUAAAUUGAGACUUUGAGUGAUAUGAGCAGUUGCAGCAGGUGAAAAUAUAUCGUUGACUUUAUUCCCGCGAGGAUGUGCUUACGCGUGUUAUUGUGCUCACUGUGGGCGAUCUCAAUGCUCUAUGCGCGAGGCUCAGCUUCCCCUUCGAACUUCCUCUCGAGGAUAUACUUCGCCGAAGGCACCGCCAGCCCGGGGUCAUCUCCGUUCAUCGACCUGACCGCCCUCGACGCCGGCCCAGCAAACGACCUCCUCGGCAGAGUGAAAGCGAGCCACCGAACGGCCGGGAACGGCGCCGAUCGACGCGACAACUCGAGGUCUUUUCCGGCCAGCCGCGGGAGCAAUGCCUUCGCCGCGUUAGGAGCGAAGAAGUCCCACAUGGGCGUCUCGGAGAUGCUGCAGAGGGCCAUAGACGACAUCGUGGAGAAGAAGGACCACACUUUCGCCUCCGUGUUGUCGCACCAUCUGAGGUUCCUGGAGGAGAACCUCGUCCGCGGGGAAGAGGACGGAGAGCUGGUGGACGUGGGGGCGCUCCUGCGGCUCAGCGAGGCAGGGAAUUCGUCGUCGGUCGUCCAACUUCCUCUGGACGACCACGACGACGACGACGGCAUCGACUACGAGGCUCUAGGAUGCGGCGUAAAGAACGUGGCCGCCAGGAUUCUCGGGGGACACGUGUCCGGCGUCGGGGAGUGGCCGUGGCAGGCGGCGCUCGUCCACGCCCCGUCAGGACGGACCUUCUGCGGUGCCUCCCUCCUCAACACCCGCUUCCUCCUCACCGCCGCCCACUGCGCCGCCGUACUCCCCGUCAGGAAGGUGAGGGUCUGGCUGGGCGCCCACGACGUCUCGCUGCAGGAGGAGGAGGGGCGUGUGGUGCGAGGAGUGACCCACGCCAUCCUCCACGAGGGCUUCGACUCCCGAGAUCUCAGCAACGACGUGGCGCUCCUGAGGCUGGACGAAGCGGUGGUCAUGUCUCGCACCGUGAGGCCAGUCUGCCUGCCCGACGUCCAGGACUGGGACGAGGACAUAGCCCAGGGCAAGAGCGACGAUGCAGGCGUUGUCACCGGCUGGGGACUCACAGCCGAGCGCGGACAGCCCUCUUCUCACCUUCUGCAGGUCAGCCUUCCAUUCCUGAGCGUGGAGUCAUGCAAACAGCACUACGCAGGUAUCAACCCAGUAUCAACCAACAUGCUAUGCACUCUGCAUGAUUUUAAGGACGGGGUUAGCCGCGACUCGUGCAAGGGAGACUCCGGCGGCCCCCUGGUGACGGAAGGAGAAACCGGCCGCUGGACCCAAGUCGGCGUCGUGAGCUUCGGCUACGGAUGCGGACGCCGGGGAUACCCAGGGGUCUACACGCGGGCGACGCAAUACCUCCUGUGGAUCUACCUCAAGAUAGUGCAGAUGGAAAUCUCUCUGCUGUGAUCGAGGGAGAUGGCUGCAUCCGUGUUAUUUUAUAUUGUAAUAGAUUUUUUUAAAUAAUUAUUUCUGGCUUGGUGGGCUGGAUCCGCCGAGCGUCAGCGCUGUAACCUGUUAUAAUAGUUAGUUCGUGUGGGUCUUCCGGGCUGCGUGCUCUACUGAUUUCACUUCAUUCAUAGACAUAAUUUCAAAUACGAGACUUUAUAUACACACGCAUAUAUAAGGAUAUGUACAUAUACACAAGUAUACAUACAUACACAACAUAUACGUAUAUAUGCAUAAUUAUGUAUACUCCACAUUAAUAUAUAUACAUGCAUACACACCUACAUAUACGUACAUAACACACACAGAAGUGCACAUACAACUUCUGCACUUUGUGACGUUGACUGAACAGAUCCUUAAAUCUGGUUUUGCAAGGAUGCAACAUUUUUGAGAACACGUGUUAUUGCUUUCACGUAAAAUGUUAUGAAGAUUAGAGAUUUAUUUGUUGGUGUUUAUGAUGACUGGGCCACAACCGGAAAUGCGAUUGUGUUCUCUUGUGUCUUUUACUUGUUUCAUCUUUGCUUUGUGUUGUGUAGUUGUUAAAACUAGUGUUUUGCCAAUGCUCUGUGAUACGACUGUGAAUGACUUUUUUUAGAAAUAAAAUAUGUAAUUAA